CACACACACACACACACACACACACAUGUGUGUGUAUGUUUGGUCACUAAUACCUUGUAGUUUUCCAGAGAUUUGAAGGCUUUUGUCAACUAUGGGGAAGUCUCCCGGAAAGUGGAUCAAGACUGUGAUUUUUGGGAAAAAGUCGUCGAGAUCUAAUCUCUCUAAAGAUGCUACUGUAGACAAAAAGACACGUGUCACUGCCAAGGCACCAUCAAAGCAUUUUGAUGACAAUGCUAUGGUGAUUUCAAGCCCAGUGCCUCCUGUUAUGCAUGACAGUGGAGAACGCACUGAAUUAAAAAAGACCUCCAGUGCCAACCUAACAAGCGAUAUAGUUGAAAUUGUGACAAGUCCCGUGGGAUUGAAUACUGUAAAUGAAGACGAGUUAAGAAGACUAGAGCAAGCUGCCAUAACGACACAGGCAGCUUUCAGGGGCUACAUGGCUCGUCGGGCAUUUUGCGCUCUCAAGGGCAUCAUAAAGCUGCAAGCCCAAGUUCGUGGUCGAUUGGUUAGAAGACAGGCUGUUGCUACCUUGAGUUGCAUGCGUGUAAUUGUUGAGUUUCAGGCAAUCGCUCGUGGCCGAAGGGUCAGACUUUCUGGUGAUAGCUGUCACGUGCUUCAAAAAAACACUCAAAGAGAACAUAAACACGCAGAUUUGCUUAAAACAUCUCUUCAAUCAGAAAAGUUAUCAACAAAUGCAUUUGGCACUAAGCUUGUUGCUUCAUCUGGUACUACCACUCCCUUAAGCAUCCAAUAUGAUCCAGUUGACUCAAAUUCAGUGAGAAAAUGGCUAGAGCGUUGGUCAUCUUCCCACUUUUGGGAGCCAGUUCCCCUCCCUAAAAAAGUUCCUGAUUCAAAGCCUAAACGAAAGCCGAUAAAGUUGCAAUCUGAAGAAGCAGAACUUGGGAGGCCAAAGAGAAGUGUCCGUCGAGUUUCUGGAGCAAAUCUGGAGGGUAAUACGGCAAAUCCCUCUGAAAAUGAAAAACCAAAGCCUACUUUCAGGAAGGUGUCUAGUCACCAAAUAGAGUCACCUCAGGAGCAAUCUCAUAGUGAACUCGAGAAGGUGAAACACAACCUAAGGAAAAUUUCAGUAUCAACCUCCCGGCCUUCAGAAAAGUCAGAAAGUGCAAAUGUUAAGUCUUCAAAUGUUGAUGCUUCUGAACAGGAUAGGGAGCCUUUUGAAAAAGUAAACAAUUUAAUUGGUGUAAUGACUGAAGCGCCCGAGCCUGAAGCACUUCCUGUUCAAACUCGAGAGGAGGAUACAGUUAAACCACAAGAUGCUUUGCAAAAUGAUCACCAUCUUGUUGACCCAUCAACUGUAGAAACCAAUGUGAAGGCUGAGACCAUGUCUAAUCUGCCAUUAGAUUAUCCGCCAUUAGAUUUGGAGAUAAAUGGCAAGGAAGAUAAUUCUAAAGAAAAUCAGAAAACAAGGAGGAGAAAGUCUUUUCCAGCAAAACAGGAGCCUCCUGAGAGUGUACUGCAAACCGCACCCACUUUACCAAGCUAUAUGGCAGCAACUGAAUCGGCUAAGGCCAAACUUAGAGCACAGGCAGUGGCCAAAGCAGCAGAAGAUGGAGUUGAAAAUGGUUUCAUCAGACGGCAUUCUCUGCCAUCUUCCACUGGCAAACUGAGCUUGCAGUCGCCUCGAGCUCAGAAGCCUUUACAAGGCAAUGCCAAAGGAUGGACUAGAAGUAACAAAUCCCAGAUAUCUGCUAGAGACGAUAAGAUUACUGGCUGGAAGAGGUGAAUGGUGGAAUUUAGCGAAGAGUUGGAGUGGUGAGGUUAGACCAUGUCACGCAGCUUCUCUAGGUGUCUUUUUGUGCAAACUCGUGUUGUGGUACAUUAUUAGACGUUUUCGGUAAAGGUACAUUAUUAGAUGUUAAGAAAUAACUUAUAGGCUUUUAGCGGGUUGUUUCGUCUAUUUUCUUCCGCCUUUCAAGUGUCAUUAGCAAAUGUCUGAAUGUAUAGUGAUGGACCCACAGUUUGUUUUGGAGAGCUAGUUGAAAAUCAUUGAUGUAUUUCAUUUAUUUGGUUUUAACAUUAUGGAUGUGGGAUAUAAUACAUAGCUGACUAUUAGGACCUA